AAGUUAGGGGACACAUUCCAAAGUGGAGUCGUAAAUACUGUACAUGUUGAUGUGAUAUUGAAUGAAAAAUAGAAAACGGUAGCUUUUGGUAUCAAUUCUGUUCCCGGGUAUCUUGGUUUUGAUUCACAACAUCAAAAUUGGCAUCGUUCGACGCCAUGUUGAACUACGUCCCCUAAAAUCGUUCCAGCUUUCUGUUCGCUUCUCAACUCGACCAAAUGCCCAACGCAACGUAAAAAUGGCGAAUGUAAACAGUGGUACCGACAAGGGGGUAGCUAAAAAUAAGAAGGUAAUAAAUCUUAGCAUCAUAACUCAGCCUAAAAAAAGACUAUUAUCUGACUUAAAAUAUGGUCAAUAUCAAUAUUUCCCUUUAAGGUAAAGAAAACACUUUAAGAGGGGGAGAGGGAAAAUAUAAAGCUCUCGGCCAUUUGAAACCUCUCUCAGGUAACGUAAACGGUAACGUUUUCGUUCUAGGAUAUGGAACGAACAUCACGUGUGCCGAAAACUUUAUGGAGAUUGCGUUUGACAGCAGUGUUUACAGCAAUAACCCACAGGACUACCACUUGAAUCAGCGAAAGUGUCGAGGACGGGUCCAGGAUAACGCCAUGGUGCUUAGAACACCCUUGGAUGGUACGGUACGGCCUACAGGCAGACCCGAAAUACUAUCACUUACAUGAUCGAGGUAAGCACAUUAUACAGAGAGCAGAGCCACAGGAACUCGUCCCAGGUGACUCGCGUGCGGAACUUCCGCUUCCCGUUUUCCUGUACGUACGGAAGGAACCAGAUCGUCAGCACGAGCUACAGCCACGUGGGAAGAUACAUGGCGUCAGAAGGUGGAUACGGCAACUUCACUUUCAAGAUGUCGUUGUACCGUAACAACAGUUACAAAGGAUCUUACGAGUCCCGUGAAUACCCUAUCGACAUCGGCGUGGACGAGCCUCUUUUUUUGGAGUACGGCGUCAGCUCCUCCACAGACCUCAUCGUGUUCGCCGAGACAUGCAGGGCGACCACCACAGGCAGCCCGAACUCGUGGCCACAAUACGACUUCAUAAAAGAUGGUUGCGCAGUAGACAACACGAUGACGUAUAACUACACGCUGAACCGAGUCCAGAGGUUCACGAUCCGCUCAUUCCGCUUUGUCGCCAACCACCCCGUGAUCUACCUGCACUGCUUCCUCAUGGUGUGUCACUCGAACGUGACAAACUCACGCUGCGCACAAGGCUGCGUGCAACCAAUGAGAGUCCGCCGUGAAACCGACACUGGAAUGCGUCAGCGGGGAAGGCGUGACGUGUCGGAUGGCUCAUUGCUUUACGAGCUAACUCCUGGGCCAAUGAAAAGGCGAACCACCGAAAAAAAGAGAGAGCAAAAGACUUCGGGACAAGGUGGUGGCAAUUUAAGUCCCGUCCUGGUAGGGGUGGGGGCGACUUUUGGCGGUCUGUUCCUCGUGGUCUGCUUCAUCCUGAUUUUUGUCCUUCGCCGCAACAAAAACAAACCGGAAGUCGCUGUGCAAAUGAAUCACGUGACCUCGUACGAGCAAAGUGGCGUCACUGACGACGAAGGCCAGAAACCCAAGUGAUUAGUAACAACUGUGCAACUAGAUACAGCGAGAAAUGCAUGCUAAGCUACACUAAAAAUAUUUUUUAAUAACGUGUGUCUCAAGUUGAAUUAACAUGGGCUGAUCUAGGGAAAAGUCAUGGGAGCAGUGAUUUUUAUUUGGUUUAUAUUAUAAUUUGGGAAAACUUAACAUUUUCCAGAGAUUUACUCAUAAAUCCCUAAAAAAGCUCUAAUAUCACAUUGUGUAUAUUUUCUCAUCAUGAAAUUUUUAAAAUUUAUUUUUGUAACUGGGGGUUUCAUUAAACAAAGGAGAUUGAGAUGUCCUAAAUUAAUUUUCCUUGAACUCUGGAUCGGCCCGUGUUAUAAAAGUUUUUGAAACUUUAAAAAAUUAAAAUGGCCGAUAAUUUUGUAAUUUUUGUAGGUAUCCGCUAUGUCGGACAGAUAAUUAAUAAGCUUAAAGUUUUGUCGGAAAAGUGCGUGUAACCUGGCAAUAAAAUAUUUUUAAACAA